AUGGGACCAGUGAUCCCGCCGUCAAUCUAUCCGACGACCUUUCCGCUGCCACCUCUACCUGACCUUGAGUGUCCCGAGAACUUGGACAAACACAACUUCAAAAAGGCGAACCACAUCGUGACCAAAGCACAAGACGCUCUACCCUACGGACCAAUCCAAUUCUGGUGGCUUCUUCACCGAUAUUAUGUUAUUGCUAAAUGUCGAUUUGGGUCGCUUUCCGAAAUUCUCCAAAGACGAAACUACAGACCAUUCCGCCUCGUUAAUCUGGAUAGAACAAGCGACAAAGUGCAGAUUUUGGACUUGUUGCAGGGGAUGAGGAAGCACCUGGGACAGAUAUGGCUGCGGAUUAAUGAAAUCGAGAAUGAAGUACACCCUCCUGUCGGAGCCCCUGGCAUUUACGACUUGUCAUCAUCAGUUCCCAACUUAUCUCUCCGGGAGUGCCGCCUCUGGUGCAUGUUGAAUACAAAGGGGUUCCACAAGAAGCUCAGGGAUGCAAGAGGAGAGAAGACGAAACUCGAUGAUAUCAUCAAGGAGGUGGCCGCUAUCAUCUGUGCCCGCGACAUCAUCAAAGACAAAAUACCGGUUGUUAAGCUCAGGAACUCCGUUAAUAUAGUCACACCGUAUAUGAUCUUCGUCUGCUUCGGACAGACGGAAAACGGGGACAGAGUGCACGACCUAGUACACAUUGGAUGCACCAGAGAAUGGAUGACAGAUUGGGCCGAGCUCUUUCAACUGCGAGAUGACGCCCGAAACAGUCGUCUGGGAGAAGCCACAAUUAACGCUUGGAGAGACUGGUAUGACCGCCUUGUUGCGCUUGAUGCCGAAGCUAGCGCCGCAGGAACAAACGAUGGCGGAAGGAACGACGGUGUAAAGAACGAUGGUGGAAGGAACGACGGUGGAAGGAACGACGGUGGAAAGAACGACGGUGGAAAGAACGACGGUGGAAAGAACGACGGUGGAAAGGCCAUCUCAAAUAUGAGAACAGCUCUCCUGAAGGGAGAUGAGAACGCACUAUCAGACUCGGGAAAGAGGCUACUAGCAGAGAAGCUACGUGCUUGUGAUACCCACCAGGGGCAGGCGUUCCGGCAGCUUGAAUGGUUCCAGGUCGAACCCGCGGCUUGCUGCUAUGUGUGCAAGAGUUCGAUGAAUUGGAAGGAGGUUAGUGACCCGGAUAUCGCUCAUUCAGUCAAGCUCGACCUGUUGAAACGGAGGAAAUGCCCACAUUCUUGCGCGGAGGUUGUGGCAAGUGGCUAUUGUGACUAUAUUACCCGCCAAUAG